GGUGACUCUUAGGUAUAUUUAUUCUCUUCCUCCCGGGUCAAGAUUGCGCCUUUUUCUUUCCUGUCCUUCGCUUCUCUUCUAUCUGUGUUUCGUGUGGCAGUUUCGUGGUCAUUGAUCGUUGUCUUUGCGCAUUGAACGGCAGGACACUCGAAAGUAUCCCAAUCUAUCUCUAUACACAUUUCUAUCGCGUGAUACUCUACGCCCGCCACCAUGGUGAAGAUCACAGGUUUUACCACGAGAGACGUGAGGUUUCCGACCUCCCUCGACAAGACUGGCUCCGAUGCCAUGAACGCCGCGGGUGACUACUCUGCCGCCUACUGCCUUGUGAACACGGACUCGCCACAUGUCGGACAUGGAAUGACCUUCACCAUUGGCCGCGGAAACGAAAUCGUCUGCUCCGCCAUCUCCCUUCUGGCGCCCCUCGUGGUUGGAAAGGACCUGGACGAGCUCACGGCCGACUGGGGCAAGACGUGGCGCUACCUGGUCUCCGACAGCCAACUUCGAUGGAUCGGACCCGAGAAGGGUGUGAUCCACCUCGCCCUGGGCGCCGUCGUCAAUGCGCUCUGGGAUCUGUGGGCGAAGACCCUUGGUAAGCCCGUCUGGCGCAUCGUCGCCGAGAUGAGCCCCGAGGAGUUCGUCCGCUGCAUUGACUUCCGGUACAUCACCGAUGCUAUUACGCCGGAGGAGGCCAUCGCUCUGCUCAAGGAAGUCGAGUCCGGAAAGCAGGAGCGAAUCAAGGAGGCGGAGCAGAGCCGGGCUGUGCCCGCGUACACGACCAGUGCUGGCUGGCUCGGAUAUGGCGAGGACAAGCUGAGGGCUCUGCUGAGUGAGAGCGUCGCUCAGGGAUACAAGCACUUCAAGCUGAAGGUCGGAGGAAACUUGGAGGAUGACAAGAAGAGACUGAGCAUUGCCCGUGAGGCCAUUGGAUAUGACAAGGGUAACAUCCUGAUGGUGGAUGCUAACCAGGUAAGGACUUCACCUCCCACUCCUCUUCCCUUCUCCUUCUACCUUUACCGUCCCAUAAGAGAAAAUGUCAGACCACUGACCGAAGCACGCUUCUCAAAACAGGUCUGGUCCGUCCCCGAAGCCAUCACCUGGAUGCAAGAGCUCGCCGAAUACAAGCCCUGGUUCAUCGAAGAGCCCACCUCCCCCGACGACAUCCUCGGCCACGCCGCCAUCAAGAAGGCCCUCGAGAACACCCCCCACGGCACCAUCGGCGUUGCCACCGGCGAGAUGUGCCAGAACCGCGUGGUCUUCAAGCAGCUCCUGCAGGCAGGAGCCCUGACCGUGCUCCAGGCCGACGCCUGCCGCGUCGGCGGUGUCAACGAAGUCCUGGCCAUCUUGCUGCUGGCGCGCAAGUUCGGCGUCCCUAUCGUGCCGCACUCUGGUGGCGUGGGCUUGCCCGAAUACACGCAGCACUUGAGCACCAUCGACUACGUGGUGGUGAGCGGCAAGAAGAGUGUGCUGGAGUAUGUUGACCAUCUGCAUGAGCACUUCGUGCACCCGUCUAGCGUGCGGGACGGAUACUAUGUGACUCCCUUGGAGCCUGGAUAUAGCGUGGAGAUGAAGCCGGAGAGUAUGGAUGAGUUUGCCUUCCCUGGCGAGGAGGGCAAGAGCUGGUGGAGGUCACAGGCCGCGAAGCCCAUUCUGGAGGGGCCUCGGAUAUAAGGGAUUUGCUUGUGUGGUUUAAUGUAUAUGCUUGAUGUGAUAUGAAGGUCAAUUCUUUGUUGUUAAUACUGUUGUAUUGAAUAAAAUGGUGAUACUGUUCGUCUCAUUCUGGAUCAUG